AUGGGAAAAGAUAAUGAAUUAUUUCAUCCGAAACCGGGAAUCGUUAAAAGAUCAUACGUUCAAUCAAUGGACGAAUAUAAACGUCUUCAUAAAAAAUCGAUAGAAAAUCCUACAGAAUUUUGGGGAGAAAUUGCAAAACAAUUUCAUUGGGAAACUCCAAUCGACUUAACAAAAUUUUUUAAUUAUAAUUUCGAUGUAUCUAAAUCUCCGAUAAAUAUUAAAUGGAUGACGGGUGCAACGACAAAUAUUUCAUUUAAUUUAUUGGAUAAAAACGUUAAAUGCGGUUUGGGCGACAAAAUUGCUUACUAUUGGUGUUAA